UACGUGUCCUUGUCCAACUCCACAAUGACUUCCCUGCGCCUGCACUGCUGUGAAAGAGUUAAUAACAAGACACUCCCAUAGUCUGUGUGGGAACCGUGCUUUAGUAGGGAGGGGGAAAAAAACAAGAAAAAAAAAAAAAACACCGGCUCGGUCCUAAACGCCUCCGUGUUGGAUGUAGUGCGCUACCUACGGCACAGAACCCUUUGUGUUGGACACUAUCUGUGUGGCCUAUAUAGCGAACGAUGAAUGUAUUUGUGAUUGAACCACAAGCCUUUCGGUAAGUCCGUGGAGUUUGAGGGGAAAUACAGAAGAGGUUUGCCAUCUGCUUCAGGAAACUGACACAAUGCUGGAGUUGCCGAGAUUCAGCGUCUUGUUGCGUCUUUAUGUUUGUCUGAGCUUCGCCUUCUCUACCGUUGUUCCUUCCACAGUUCCUGUCCUAACCAAUGUCAGUGUGACAUGCCACAAUUUUAAAAAUGUAUUAUAUUGGAACUACAGUGAACCUGAGCUAGAGACUGCAUUCAACAUAGAAAUCCAUGAAUAUGAAGGUGAACCCAAGUCAGCACGUACCAAUCAGACCUCCCUGGAUGUCAGCGAAUACACUCGGGAUGCUGGGAAUAGUUACUACAUAACAGUGGAAGCUCAGCCAAAAGGAUCAGACCUUAACGUUUCAUCUGUCGGCCUUAGCUUCAGCUACAACGAAGACUUCAAUUCUGACUUCAGAUGUGUGGUGGACUUCCCGGUGUUAGAGGUUUCCGUCUUACCACACACACUCGAACUCUCCUUCAAACAUCCCUAUUAUGUCCAUAAAGAUGAAUCUCUCAAUGAUGAAUUUUUGUACGACAUUUCUUUUAACCAGACUCAGAGCGAGUACAGUUGUUUUGUGGACGAUGACAUUUGCACAGCAGACAUCCACCUAAUUGAAAGUCUUUAUGGGCGCUGCAUGAGUUUACACAUCAAAGGAUAUGUUAAUAGAAUACCAACUGAAAUUUCCACAAAUGUGUGCGGCGCUGGAGCUCCUGUUACCCCGACAGAUUGGACAUUGAUUUUAACCAUUUUGGUAUGCUGUGUGUUUGGCCUUCUGAUCCUAAUAAUAUUGGGAAUCGUGUUUUACAAAAAACUUACUCAGCCUGACUCUCAAAGCACAAUCUUCUCCAUACUAAAGGCAAUUGUGAACGUUCCCGAUCGUGUCAUUCACGAGCCCGAGCACCCUACUCUGUCCGAGGUAAGGUCUGUAGGUGAGACCCCUCUGCUGGAGACGACCGAUCAGGAUCUUUUCGAUACCUCCACCCACCCGCCUGAUAAAAAGACUCUUGGUCCCACUCACUUCCCUUCUCACCUCAAUACUGAUCUAAAGGAAUUCGAAGAGCAAGACCAUGGAGAGGUGACGGAGGACACAGAUUCUGAAGACUUUAACAGUGGGAACAGCUUCUCAGGCUAUGACAGCCAAAAGUUCCCUAUUGAUAUGGGACAAGGAGAUAUUGUAGAGGCCUACGGGCCACGUUAGCUUUAAAGUGCACCCUGGGUAUUUGGCAAACAAACCUAUUUCAAAAGAUUCUGUAUUUGUAGUUGUUGAAUUGCAACGUUUACUAGAAAAGUUUACAGGAGCAUGAUAAUCUGCAAUGUAUUCAUAUACUUUAUUGGACAUUUACAGAUCUGCAAGCCUUUAUGCUUUUUUGUGCCUUUUUAAAUCGGUGUACAGCACUGAACAGAAUCUUCUUUUUUUUUUGUUCCCCACAAUAAAACAGCAAUAUGUGUGUUUUGAGCACUCUCAUAUAAAAUUAUAUCACCUGGAAGCUCCGCCCCCUUUCCUUCCAUCUCACAUUAGUACUGUUUCAGCCAUUGAUUUGAUUUUCCUCGCUUGAACAUUUCAGGUAUAUUGUAGACGUUCAUUCGAGUGGGGAAUUAGGAACUUGCCACCGUUGCCACCAUUCAGUUCCAGCUAGUGAGCUUGGCUUCACUGUUCGCUUAAUUCAGGUUCUUCAUUGUGUGUUACACACACUGCUGGAAAAGGUUUUGAAAUUGUAUUGAAUUGUAAAUGUGGACAUUUUUCACAGUGUGGACAGUACCUUCUGACUGCUUUGUGCAGAAGAAGACUAAAACGACGCAUGGAGCGAUUUUGAGUUGAUUCUCUUUCAAAUGACGCCAUUGAGGGGUUUCUUUUCCUUUUCAGAAGAAACAAAUGCGGUAGACUGUUACUACAGUAGGACUUAUUCGAGGUCUGAAACUUGGCCAUACUAGCUUGAACAUUAAAACGCAAUAAUGUUGUUUUUUUUUUUUUUUUUUAAAUAUUUGGCAUUUUAGUUUAGGGAAGAGGUUAGAGGGGUUUUUUUAAGGUAUAAUUUUUUUGAAGAGAAAAUGGUUUCAAUAACAGCUUUAAAUGAGAGUUGUGUAAAAACAGAAAGAGCUGAGGUGUCUCAGCACGUGCCAAGUAAAGUACUGAGACCGAUGCUGGCUGUUUGAGGACUAACAAUUUUUUUUUAUCUGAUGCCUUGAAUUCUCCAAAGAUGGCAUAGUUUUUGGGCACUAUAAAUAGGUUGAAUUAGAUGGACUGAGUUUGAUCAACAUUAUUCCGCAUUGACCGAAGAUCUGUAACAGAGCUCGAGCCAUGAAAAUACUUGUACAGGAUUUUUCCAGCCCACUUAUCGUUUGUUCUGCUGACAGCUGUGAUUUGUUUGAGCACUUGAUUAAAGAUAUUUCUAGCUUGAUAUGACUGACUGGAUGUUUUACCCACCUAUGAAUAGCACCAGUCCAUGUGCUUUGUAGUAUCAAAAAAUCAAUCUAAUAAGCAUUAAUUGUACAACAGCAGUCGAGUGGAUUGAAUUGCCUGUUAUUGUGCUAUAAAACAAUACCGCCUCUUUUGCUUUGUGUACUGUGAGUUUGCCUCGUGUGUUUACAGGUUUCUCAAUACAUUUCUGCAAGCAGCACCUAAUAUUCACUGCAUGUUAUACAUGUAUUACAGUAGAGACUGGUCAAGUAGGGCGCACACAUUCAUUUUUUUAUGUAUAUAAAUAUAUAUACUCACACAGAUGUCUGACAUUUUUCAGCUGUUCCUGAAAAAAAAAUAAUAAAUUGUGGAUGUGA